UUCAAAAGACUGAGGCAGGAUUUCCUCUAAGUUUUUACCUGAGCUUGGCCCCUUUCAUAUUUAUUUUGGGCCUGACAAAACUUCCCAGUCCCUGCCUGUGACAGGCAUACCUGUAACAUGAUGCUGCCACCACAAUUCUUGAAAAUAUAGAGGAUUUCACUCCGUGAUGUGUUAGAUUUGGCCCAAACUUAAGUUGUUCAUUUAGGCCAAAAAGUUAAAUAUUUUGCCAUGCUGUCUUGAGGUAUAACUAAAGCGCCAUGUUUCAAACAGGAGUGAUGAUUUGGAAUUGAUUUCUUUAGCAGAGGCUUCCUUCUUUUCUUUCUGUCAAACAGGCCAGUAAUGUGGAGUGAAUGCAAUGCUGUUGGUCCAUGCAGUUUUCUCUCCACUCAGCCAAUGAACUCUGUGGCUGUUUUAAAAUCAUCUUUGGCCUCAUAGUGAAAUCCCUGAGCAGUUUCCAUUCUCUCCUACAGCUCAGUUAGGAAGGAUGGCCAGAUCCUCACAGUGCCAGGGUGAUACGAUACACCAACUACAGAUUAUUUACCCUAUUUGACCAUACUUAAAGGGAUAUUCAGUGUCUUGGAAUUAUUUCGUAACCUCCCCUGAUAUGUGCCUGUCUAAAAAUGUAUCACCUGACAUGUUUUUAAAACUAAUUGGUGGCUCUGAGAUUGAGUCAUUGUUUGAAUAUCACUAUCUAACAGAGGGACCAUACAAAGACAGGGUAAACUAUUCUUAAAUCAUGAGAACCACUACUUAUGCGAACAGGUGGACACCAUUCAAUAAAUGUUGUGCAUUAAUUUGAAAAUAUUUGCUCUUCACACACAGACUUAUGCAUUCACAAUAUAUUAGUUUUUUAUGUUUUAUUAAUUUCAGCAAAUGUCUAAAAAAUGUCUUACACUUUGAAAAUGUGGAGUAGUUUAUGUAGAUCUGUAAGGAAAAUAAAAUGUAAGGCAGCAAUAUAUAAUGUAUAUACCUCAACCAACAAAUGAAUGGUAAAGAUUAGCACCGCAGAUCUGUAAAUUCCAUUGUGCUUAUCUUCUCUAUUCAUUUUGGAUUGUGGCAUAUACACUGUAGGUCCUUCUACAAAACAGAUUGCCUGGGAUGUGGACUUAUCUGAAGAGAAGAUCGCUUUUGAGUCCAGAGAGCUUCGUUUGGAUGCCCACAAAGCAGCUCCUCAAGGUUUCAUCAUGAAUAGAAACAAGCGAGGAGGAGAAAGGGAGCUCUACAGUUUAGAUGUCGGAGAUUCCACCUUCACAGUUCUGAAACGCUACCAGAAUCUAAGGCCCAUCGGCUCAGGAGCACAGGGAAUCGUCUGUUCAGCAUAUGACCACAACCUCGAGAGAAAUGUGGCGAUUAAGAAGUUAAGUCGGCCGUUCCAGAACCAGACGCAUGCCAAGAGAGCGUACAGAGAACUGGUGUUAAUGAAAUGUGUCAAUCACAAAAAUAUCAUUGGCCUAUUAAACGUAUUCAGCCCACAAAAAUCAUUAGAAGAAUUUGCAGAUGUAUACAUUGUGAUGGAGCUGAUGGAUGCCAACCUGUGUCAGGUGAUUCAGAUGGAGUUGGACCAUGAGAGGUUGUCCUACCUGCUCUACCAGAUGCUGUGUGGCAUCAAACACCUCCACGCUGCCGGCAUCAUACACAGGGAUCUAAAGCCCAGUAACAUCGUGGUGAAGUCAGACUGUACGUUGAAGAUCUUGGACUUUGGCUUGGCUCGGACGGCGGCUACAGGUCUGCUGAUGACCCCCUACGUAGUGACCAGAUACUACAGAGCACCAGAGGUCAUACUGGGGAUGGGCUACCAGGCCAACGUGGACAUAUGGUCUGUGGGGUGUAUUCUGGCAGAAAUGGUCCGCCACAAAAUCCUGUUCCCAGGAAGGGACUACAUUGACCAGUGGAACAAGGUGAUAGAGCAGCUUGGGACUCCGCCCCAGGAGUUCCUGAUGAAGCUCAACCAAUCAGUGAGGACGUACGUAGAGAACAGGCCGUGUUACGCAGGAUACAGCUUUGACAAACUCUUCCCUGACGUCCUCUUCCCUGCAGACUCAGAACACAACAAACUGAAAGCGAGCCAGGCCAGAGACCUGCUGUCUAAGAUGUUGGUGAUCGACUCGUCUAAGAGGAUCUCGGUGGACGAGGCCCUGAAACACCCCUAUAUCAACGUGUGGUACGACCCAGCAGAAGUGGAGGCGCCCCCUCCGAAGAUCACAGACAAGCAGCUGGAUGAGCGAGAGCAUACGGUGGAGGAGUGGAAAGACCUGAUCUGGAAGGAGGUGUAUGAGUGGGACGAGUGGACCAAGCAGAAUGGCGUGAUCAGAGGACAACCUCCUCUUUUAGGUGCAGCAGUGAUCGACAGCUCCCCUCAGCACGCCUCGUCCUCCUCCUCCUCCUCCUCGGCCAAUGACGUAUCCUCCAUGUCGACUGACCCCAGUGACCCUAGUGAACCCACCAUGACCUCUGACACGGACAGCAGCCUGGACAGCCACACCUCUCUGGGAGCACUGGCCUGCUGCAGAUAACACACACACACACACACUCAGCCCCAGCCCUACACCUCCUGUCAUGGUAUAUAGUUUGAAACACUUAAUGGGGCAAUCUGUGAUUGCUACAUAAUUAUGUUUAAAAUUUCAAUGAAUUAUAUAUACCAAUUGAUUCUUGAAGAAUAAAAUAUAUAAAUGCUUUUACUCCAUUGUUUGUAAACAAUGUAAUUGUAAACAAACAC